UAUUCUCCCUCAGAUGGCGGAAGUGUCACAUGGUAUGAACCAACUCCGGUUAAGACAACAUCAGAUCAAGCCGAAGUACUCACCCCUGGCAAGUUACAGGUUUAUGAAGGAUCUUCUACCACAUUGAAUUGGAAUUACAGUCUGACGUCAAAUUUACUUUCGGUUCGCAUACAAUUUAAUGGUGUUGGUAUAGUUGCCGUUUCAUCAGAUGGACAAGCUGGUCCUGUUAAUCUUAAUUUUCGGCAACGGAUCAGCAUAAGCUCGACUCCACAAAGCGUUUCUCUGUUGAUCUCUAAAGUGACUACUGCUGACGAUAAGUCAAAUGGAGAAUUUAGCUGUGAGUUGAGGGACUUAAAUGCUGCUAAGUGGAGACGUGCAAUUCAGGUGCAAGUUGUAGGUAAGCUUAAAAGUUUUCCUGACUUUUAGAGAUUCUUACCAUCAAUAACUAUAAUAAAAUGUUAUCUAGCUUUUGUCUUUUGGGCCCAAUGAAUGUGUAUGUAGACUUUUGAAGGACAAGAGUAAUUCUUUACGCGGAAAACUUCAACAUUCCUUUCAACAAAUGUAUUGAUUAAUUGGAUUUUAUGUUAUGGAUUUUAUUGUGCAUGACACAUUUAAUCCGAGGUACUUUUCAAUAGAACACUUUACUAUUGUUUAGUUGUUGAGGUUAGUUGGGGACUUUCCCGGAGAGCAAAAUAUCCAAUAUAAUGCUCGUAAACCUCUUUUUCUCCAUAUGUUGCAAAAUAUUUGAAGGAUAAUGACCACAACAACCUCUAUUUUGCGCAAAAGCAUGCUACUAGAAAAUUAUACUAUUAAAUUAUACUAUUGAAUAUGAUUAUUAGAAAAUUAGACUCGUCAAGUUUGAUAUGAUCAUAAUACUUUACACCUUGUAUCUUCAAUUAGCUUUAGCUUUUCCUCAUUUUAUGAAAUGUUAUAUCUAAUCUUUUGUAAAUAGUCUUAAAUUUUAAUUUUAAUCUCAUAUCGUUUCAGUUAUUUGCGGAUGGUAUUAUCUCAAUUAAGUUCUUUUUUCACUUUUACUUUCUGCGUUUAAACCUAAGCUGGUGAGAUUGUUCUCACAAAAGCUAAGUGUAUGUGUACAAUAAACUUGACUUGACUAGCUUGUAUAGUUGUCCUUGAUUAUGACCUGUUCCUUAAAGCUCACAGUUUUUUGCAUCAGGGAACAGAUAAUGUCCGUAGACAAAUAUUUGUGAUUGUUUUCAUGCCAAAUAGAGGCUACUGUUGAUAAACAUAUAUUCUGUCGCAUGAUGCAUUUAGACCAAUUACUUGCAUGCAGAUGUAUUUCAAGGAUGAUAAAGAUAAUUAUGUGAGAAUGGUGUGAUCACAAAGCGACAAUAAACUUGACUAAUCCUUCAAAUUUAACAUGUUGCUGUUUUUUCACAAGUCCAACUUCAACAAUGAAUUAUUUACAUACAUACAGUGAUAUACAUGGUCUAUACACGUGUAUAACCUCUAUUAAAAUUAGAUAAACUAAAAAGAGAAUGAGAUAGAAAUUAACUCUUAGCAUUAGUGUUCCAUUUAAUUCAAAGAGCUGUUGAUCACUUUAUACUGGAAAAAUUGCAAUUAAAAUGGCAGAUAAAUGUUGUAAGAUAAUCAUCAUGAGUGAUCAGAAAAAUUCCAAAUUUUUUUAGCAGAGGGCACGGUAAGGAAUCAUGCAAUCUGAUUGGCCAAAAAGAUUGCAGGAGUCAUUAUAUGGUGACAUAUUAUAAUUUGCUCGUCACAAUUUGGUGGGCUGAGUCCCUGAAGAAAUUAUUUUUUGAGGGAAUGUUCUUGUAAAUAGCUCCAUUGAGUCUCAAUAUUAAUUUCUACAGAAUCUUUUUUUAGAAUGCUUUAGUAAUGCUUUGUUUGAACUGAGAAAAGAAUUCAGAAAAAUUUAGUGGCCUUUUGAGGGUCCACUGAAUUUCUUAAAGAAGACAUUUAUGUAUAUUAAAGCACUUAUAAAGGGUUAUAAUCAAGGGACUGUUUUUGUGUAAUUUGCAAAAUCAUAAUACGUCUGAAUUUCAUUUGCAAGCGCAAGGUUUGCGAAAAACAUUUAAAAAUCGUGUUAAUAGUAUUAUCACUUUUCCGUGCGCUUAUGAGUCAACAUGCAAUUCAGUUAUCCUUGAAGUUUACUUGUGAAUGUUUUAUUGCUCUCAGUUCCAUUAAAUAUUACUGGGAUAAGAGGUGAACCAACUGUUCUUGAAGGCGAUAAUUUGCAGUUAAUCUGCAAAACAUCGAGUGAGAUGGAACCAAACAUCACCUGGACCAAAGAGAAGGUUGGGAACCGAGGGAAUGUUGGUGUGGUGCAAGAAGGAAAGGUGCUGAAUAUACCAAACAUCAGCCGGACUGAUGCAGGAACAUUUACCUGUACAGCAUACAAUGGCUUUGGUAAACCAGCGAACCAAACAGUUUAUGUGAAUGUUGUUUGUAAGUAGAUGCACUUUCCAUGUAUGUACUGGGCUGUCAAUUACUUUUAUUGAUGGUAGUUUAGCUAUGUUCAUCUGUGCAGGGCUCCAAACUCAAAAUGGUUGCUGUAAAAUACACAAACAAAAAAACUCACAUCGAAAGGAGCGUUUUUUUUGCUGCACUUCAUAAGGUGUUUGGUGAGCCAGAUGACAAAUUGUCUACCCUUGUAAACUGAAUUCUCAGUUUUCUGGAAAUUCUUAGGAAUCCUCAAAAAUUCCCAACUAUUCAAUUCAAUAUGGAAUUUCAUCAUCAUCAUAUUUUUAUUUGCCUUAUUUACACACUACAAAAAAAUUUAUUUACAGCGGUUAUAGCUAGAAGGCGAGGAGACCCAGGAAGCCACUGGGCUUAUGGGAGAGCCACCUCACUUACAUUAAUAAAUAAAGUAAAGAAAAGGUGCUGCGAAUGUGCGGCUAGGCCAAUUCAAGGAUGAUUUAAGUAAAAACUCUUGCAUUUUCGUCUUAAAACUAAGAAGGUAUGAACGGGUGACUGAAACAGGGAGAGAGUUCCAAAUUUUAGGACCUUGGUAAAGAAUUGUAAAUUGCUUGAGAUUUGUGCGACACAAAUGCGUUCGAUAAUUACUGGCUGUUCUGGUACCAUAGUUGUGAAUUUGGCUAUUCGUUACAAAAAGAUUGAGAAGCAAUGGAGGCAAUAAGUUAUUUCUAUAAUAAAACAUGAAUUUGGCGAUUUCAAAAGUAUUGACUUGGAAAAUAUCUAAAAUUCCUAGUUUGGAGAGCGGAAUGGUCUCGAUAGUCUGAGUUGGUGAUAGCCUGCACAGCUCGCUUUUGCAAGUAAUAAAUUCUAUUUAAGUUAGAUACGUAUGUGGACGACCAGGCACAGUUACAAUAGACGAUAUAAGGAUAAAUUAAGGUGUAGUACAAAGUGAGCUUGGUUGUAGAGGAUAGGAAAAAGCGAGACCUGAAUAUAAUACCUAUUGAUUUAGCGAUUUGUUCACAUAUAUAGCUUAUAUGGUGUUUCCAAGUGAGAUGAUCAUCAAUAUAGACCCCAAGGAAUUUAGUUAUGUUAGAUUGUUGUAGGGGUUUACCUCCAAAGGAGAGAGAAAUGCUGGAGUUAAAUUUCUUCUGUCUGGGUUUAAAAAUUACGUAGUUAGUUUUCCUUAUAUUAACUGAGAGCUUAUUGCAUUUUAGCCAGACAUCAAUAUUUUGGAGUUCAUCAUUAAGUACGGAUUCUAAGCAAUUUGGGUUUGAGUGAGAAUAAAAGAUACUGGUGUCAUCAGCGAAAAGCAGAGGGUCUGUUAAUUCAGAGGCAUUAGGGAGGUCAUUUAUGUAUAGAAUGAACAAUAGAGGGCCUAAAAUCGAACCUUGGGGGACACCACACUUGAUAGUUUGCAUAGGAGAGCAGGCCUGAUUGAAUUGGGCAAAUUGCUGGCGGCAAGAAAAGUAGCUUUUGAACCACUGCAGAGCCACGUCACGGAUACCAUAGUGCUCCAAUUUUGCAAACAAGAUAUGAUGGUCGAGGGUGUCAAAUGCUUUGGAAGGAUCUAGGAAAACGCCCACCGUUGUUUCGUGUUGGUCGAUUGCAGAAGCUAUUUUAUUUACCAAAUGAAUUAGUGCGUGCGAUGACGAGUGAUUUUUCCGAAAUCCAAACUGACAGCGGUAAAGUAUAUCGUGUUUUUCGGCAAAUUCUACCAAGCGAUUGUACAUAACUUUUUCGAAAAAUUUGGAAAAAAUUAGAUAACAAAGAAAUAGGUCUGUAGUUUACAAAAAAAUUAGGAUCCUCUGCUUUGAAGAUGGGAAUAAUUUUAGCGAUAUUAAGUUUGUCCGGGAAAAUGCCUUUUAGCAGAGAUAGAUUGAUAAUAUCUGCCAAUGGAGCAGAAAUAAGGUGAAAUACAUAUUUAAUGACAUGCAUUGGGAUACUGUCAUAGCCAGGAGCUUUCUUUGAAGCGAACAUGUCACAAAUGCUUUCCAGUUCACUUGUUGUGGUGGGCUUUAAGUUUAUGGAGGGAUGGAUAUUAUCACUAAGAUAAGAACGAAAAGAAGGAUUCACCUUGGGUAUAGAUUUAGCUAGGUUUGGACCAAUGUUUGUAAAGUAUUUACAGAAUCUGUCAGCGAUCUCCAUAGGCAUAGUUAGGGGAAAAAAAUUGCAUUAACGCGGAGCGAUCAGAUAUUUGUCCACACACAUCGCUCGCACCUGCUUAUCUUAUAUUUCUAAUGAAGCAGCAGUUAAUUGUGUUAAAUGCAAACUGCCAAUUAAUCCAGUGUACUCAUAUCACAGAUUUGCUUUCUAACCUCAAAGGACUCUUGGUUUCAAUGGUCAUAAAAGUUUUUAUUAUGAUGCAAAAUGUCUCGUGUUCAUGCACAGAUGUGCCAAACUCAUCAAACAUUCAUCAGCUGUUCCUUAGUACACAACUUCCACGUGUGUAAGAAUAAUUACAUUGUUAUCUACACUUAAAGAACUUUGUUAGAUAUGAAUAUAAGUUACUUCCCUAAUCUACAUCACUGGUUGCCUUUGUUAGAAAACCUUGGAACAGUCAAGCUCGGUUGCCUCAAACACAGUGCUCAGAUUAUUUUUAAUAGAAAUUUUAUGCCUUAGACAAUUGAAUUCAACACCUAAUUAAUCUUUCUUUUUUAUGAUUGUUGUUUUUGUUGUGAUUUUUUUAGUUUUCUGCUCUGUUUUUGUGACUGAUUAUUGUUAUUUUUUUGGUUGUUUUUAUUCUUACAACACAUUUUUUGAGUUCCAAUACUUAGACAGAGAUAGAGGUUAUCACUGUUCCCCUCGAGAAAAAACACCUUUUAAAUGACUUCUUCAAUUUACUUUAUUUAUAACUCUGCUCUGAAAAUAUUUUUAAAACAAGACUCGUUAGUAGUGAGAAGUACAAACCGAGUUUCCUUUCAUAACUUAAUUUCUUAAAUGUCCCAAUCACUGAACCUCCUAAAAAUAUUACUUUUUGUUUUCGGUGCAAAAUACAAGUCCUUCUGUAAUAGCAUAUAGUUGCUUCAGUCUCUUGUACAAAUGUUUCUCCUUUAUGAGACGCACUUGACUCUGUUGGCGCUACUGCUUGGUGACUGAUUGAUUCAAAAUUCCAAUGGAGUCAUUAAACUUUCAGGUCUUAGUUCGCAAAUGGAAAUGUUAGAUUAGGGAUUUUCGAUGGAACUUUCCAGAGCUAUAGCUUUUUGCGGCUGCAAAAUUGCAAUCCUAUAGAAGACUUUUGUGCGAAUUUCCUUAAUUUAACUGGGCUUCAUUACCAGCAGCUGCGUGCGCAGGGACCACGCUCGAGGUCCUCGAGAGAGCAGCUUAAAUAAUGCCUAUAAUGUAAACCGAUACUAGAAGAUACAAAUGCCACGUCCAUGGCAUUCACAAAUACUGUAAUGAAAUUAGAGUAGUUAUGUUCCAAUUGUCACGACUCUAUCGGAUCCAUCAGGGUUUUAAUAUCUGGGAAUUUUUUUUUUCGGUUUUGGAUGAUUUUUUCUACGGUUUUGCAGUUUCUAAUAGGUCCCAAUGCCUCCCUCGUUAACCAUUAUGAGCUUAAUAUCGAGGAAAAGCUUUCCACAAACGAUCGUGAUGGAGAUGAAAUACCAGUAACAUGAAAAGGAAACCGACCGGCUGAAUUUAUCCCUUAAGUUAGCCUGCCUGUUUUAGGAUUGUGAGGAGGAGCUAGUAGAAACGACGAAAAGUGGCUGUGUGACAUUUGUAGGAAAGAAAAAUUUGGACUAAAACACAAACAGGAAGACAACAGAAACAAUCUAUUCUACUUGUAUCUUCAUUGGUGUAAAUGGCCUUAAGCAGUUUUCCUAUUCAAAACUCUGCGGUGAACAGAAUUUUUCGGAAUUCUUUAAUUGAUUAUGAGAAACUUAUUUAAAACCAAAAAUGUUAGUCAUUGAGUAGAUUACUAUAUCAUCAUACAAAUCUGCUAAUAAAUAUUGAAUGGUGGCUUUGCAUAAUGAAAAAAAAUCAGCAUGUUGAGAAUCCAUUUUUCAAUGAUAGGUUACUUAUAACUGUACAUCAAGAGUACCUGCCCAAAACUGAUAAAUCAAUUCACUCAGGGUCUCCAGCGACGUUAUUGUAAACAUCAAAUUACUGAUCACCACUACUGACAAAAAAGAAAAGAUUUCACUGAUCUUGAAAAAGUAAAUCUAGAAUUUUAUGUGAAAUUAUAAAGGUAAAACCGAAAAAAAAGAGGCAAUGAUACUUGCGUAAGUUUCACUGAUUUUUAAUCGAUCAUGUAUGGCAAGCUGUAAGGUUAAAUACUUCUUUUCAUUUUCUUUUUCAAGACUUUAAAACAAAAUGAAACUGACUAAGCUGAAAAUUUCUCUCAGUUUAGUUGUGAACUAUUUGUAGCUUAUUCCAGUUUCCUGCAAGAAAUACAGACUGGAAAAAGCUGUCAAUUUCUGGCAACAGCUAAUACAUGCAUUAAAUUCCAGCUAUUUCCAGCUUUUAAAAGAACUUAAAACUUGGAAAAACUGGAAAGUAUUUUCUAGAAAAAAGCUAGAAUAGGAUUCUGGAAUAAAGCUGCCAUGUUCGAAAAAUUUUUAGAAACUUCCAGAGCUGGAAAUUGGUUUUAACUACAGGAUAAUUCACUAAUAAUUAUUCCAAGGAUUGAUAAAUAUAUCACAUUUUCCCUCCUUUUUUUCUCAAUCUGUUGGUUGCCAAUUGGCAACUUCUGUUGAAAUUUUAGUUGCCAAAUAAAUUUUUCACUCAUCAGUAGGACCAAAAUGGUUGGAGCAUGAAGCUCUAUCAUGUUCUGGGAGGUGUUUUCGCCCACCCCUGUAAAUAUAAACUCCUCUUCAAAUGAAGAUUAGAUGUUGUGUUAGGAGACUCUAGUGCUCCAUUAUCUGUGUUAGCAAAUAUGUUCUGUUGAUGUUGAUUUCAAAAUCUUUGACAAUCCAUUUCAAUAUAUCUGGUAAGAUCUCAGCUUAAAGAUUUGAAAUAUAAAUAUAUACAAAUUAGGUGUAUCUUUGUGCAGAUGCUGUCUUUUAAUCUGCUUUUUUAUUUUCCAAUUUCAUUUCCAGAUCCAGCUAAGAUUGUUAAAUUUGAGCCUGAGUAUAUUGUUGUUGUACAACAAAGUGUAACUCUUAACUGUGGAGCAGUAGGAAACCCUCCACCUACUUACACUUGGACUCCAUGUAAUGACUUAGAACAAGUUUGUGACAAGAGCACUCUUCAUAUUUCACAAGUCCUUGAUGAUGCCAAGUAUACCUGCGGAGUGGCCAAUGCACAUGGACUUGAUUCAAAAACUGCCAAUGUUUGUAAG